CGACCAACAUUCAGCACGCUAGACAUAUGGAUUAAAUCCAACUCCAAAAUGUCUGACAACCACCUUAGAAGACGAUGAGAUCCCUCCAUAAAAUGUUUCCACAAUCGGGGAAAUCCAUUGUCUUUGACAACUUUCCCGAUCCCUCAGACACCUGGGAGAUUAUUGAAACCAUCGGGAAAGGGACCUAUGGCAAAGUUUAUAAAGUACUCAACAAGAAGAAUGGAAGCAAGGCAGCUGUCAAAAUACUGGAUCCCAUUCAUGAUAUUGAUGAAGAGAUUGAAGCUGAGUACAACAUCCUCAAGGCUCUCUCUGAUCAUGCCAACGUUGUCAAGUUUUUUGGGAUGUUCUACAAGAAGGAUGUCAAAAACGGAGACCAGCUCUGGCUUGCUCUGGAGCUCUGCAAUGGCGGCUCCGUGACCGAUUUGGCCAAGGGCCUGCUCAAGCGGGGUGACCGGAUGGAGGAGCCCAUAAUUGCCUACAUCAUACACGAGGCCCUAAUGGGCCUGCACCACUUACACGUCAAUAAGACCAUCCACCGUGACGUCAAGGGCAACAACAUCCUCCUGACCACACAGGGAGGCGUCAAGCUGGUAGAUUUCGGUGUGUCUGCGCAGCUGACUAAUACUCGUCUGCGGAGGAACACGUCAGUGGGGACUCCAUUCUGGAUGGCACCUGAGGUCAUAGCGUGUGAGCAGCAGCUGGACUCCACAUACGAUGCCCGCUGUGAUGUCUGGUCUCUCGGCAUCACCGUCAUCGAGCUGGGGGAUGGUGACCCACCCCUCGCCGACCUCCAUCCAAUGAGAGCACUUUUCAAAAUCCCUCGGAACCCGCCCCCAACCCUACACCAGCCAGAGAUCUGGUCUGCUGGGUUUAACGACUUCAUCAGCAAGUGUCUGAUCAAAGACUUUGAGCUGCGUCCGAACGUUCCAGACCUCCUGGAACAUUCCUUCAUCAAGCAGAUCAUCGGACGGGAGAAGGUCCUCCAGAAACAGCUGAUGGAGCUCAUCGACCUCAACCACCAGAUGGGAACCAUCGAGAAGACAAGCCAUCAUGGAAGGCCAGACAAAGACGCAGAGGGUAACGACAGGCACGAGCGAAUCCACACCAAGAAGAACAACAGCAUGAAGGGCACCAAUGAGGCGCACGACUCCGUGGAUGACCUGGCCACCCUAGAGGUGCUGGAUGAGAAUUCUGUCACGGAGCAGCUGCAAGUCCGCUAUGCUGCAGAGCUGGUCUAUACCUAUGUGGGUGACAUCCUCAUCGCCGUCAAUCCCUUCCGUGACAUGGAUAUCUACACAUCAGAGCACACAAAGAUGUACAUUGGAGCUAAGCGCACUGCAAACCCCCCGCACAUAUUUGCUGUGGCUGACAUAGCUUACCAAUCCAUGGUUUCAUACAACUCCGACCAGUGUAUAGUGAUCAGUGGAGAGAGUGGCGCGGGGAAGACAGAGAGUGCCCACCUGCUGGUUCAGCAGCUCACUGUGCUGGGCAAGGCUAAUAAUCGCACACUGCAGGAAAAGAUCAUUUUGGUAAAUAAUCUCGUGGAAGCCUUUGGCAAUGCCUGCACCGUCAUCAAUGACAACUCCAGCCGCUUUGGGAAGUACCUGGAGAUGAAGUUCACUGCUGGCGGAACGGUGGUGGGGGCUCAGAUUUCCGAGUACCUGCUGGAAAAAUCGCGUGUUAUUUACCAGGCCAUUGGUGAGAAGAAUUUCCACGUUUUCUACUACAUCUACGCUGGCCUGGCUGAGAGAAAGAAGCUUGCCCACUACAAGCUUUCUGACAGCAAAACCCCCAAAUAUCUUCACAGUGAGCACAUUAAAUUGGUGCCUGACAUCAUGACCAACACGUUCUAUAAGGAGCAGUUUGAGGCUGUGGAGCAGUGCUUCAAAGUCAUCGGAUUCACCCUGGAGGAGCUAGGCAGCGUGUACAGCAUCCUGGCGGCCAUCUUGAAUGCAGGUGACAUUGAAUUUGCCUCGGUGGCCUCGGAGCACCAGACGGACAAGAGCAACAUCUCUAACACGACUGUGCUGGAGAACACCUCGUCGCUGCUCCGCAUCAGCGCGGAUGAACUUCAGGAGGCCCUGACAUCUCACUGCGUGGUAACGCGUGGCGAGACCAUCGUGCGGUCCAACACGGUGGAGAAGGCGGCGGAGGUGCGCGACACCAUGGGCAAGGCCCUGUACGGACGCCUCUUCAGCUGGAUCGUCAACCGCAUCAACUCCCUGCUGCGGCCCGACAGCCAGCCAGGGGAGGAAGACAAAGGGCUGAACAUUGGAAUCCUAGACAUCUUUGGCUUUGAGAACUUUAAGAAGAACUCCUUCGAGCAGCUCUGCAUUAACAUUGCCAACGAGCAGAUCCAGUUCUACUUCAAUCAGCAUAUAUUUGCCUGGGAGCAGGAUGAGUACCUGAAUGAAGCUGUGGACGCUCGAGUGAUAGAAUACGAGGACAACCGGCCACUGCUGGACCUGUUCCUGCAGAAGCCCAUGGGCAUGUUGUCCCUGCUGGAUGAGGAGAGCCGCUUCCCCCGGGCCACUGACCAGACCCUUGUGGAAAAGUUUGAAGGCAAUCUGAAGUCCAAGAACUUCUGGAGGCCAAAACGAGUAGAUCUUGGCUUUGGCAUCCACCACUAUGCUGGCAAGGUGGUCUACAAUGCAGGGGGGUUCCUGGCCAAAAACAGAGACGCCCUUCCUGCUGACAUCGUCCUGCUGCUGAGGUCAUCGGAAAAUGAACUCAUCCGAAAGCUGGUCACCCAUCCACUCACUAAAACAGUGAAAACCCCUCCGCAUCUCAGCCAGGCUUUUGCUACCAAAAGCUGGCCCUUGCCGUGUAACCUGGCUCACACCAAGGGCAAAGCAAUGGGCACAAUGCGAAGUCAUCGUACCCCGCAACGCACCAUCAACUUGGCCAAGCCACGCUUUGGGAACUUAACGCUCAGCCCUGAAAAUGUAAACACGCUUGCCUUGCCCACUGUACAUUACCAAACGGGGGAUGGUGCCGAUAAUACUCAUCACCCCAGAGAGACAACCAACAUGAGGACACAAACAGUGGCCUCGUACUUCAGAUACUCCUUAAUGGACCUGCUGUCUAAGAUGGUGGCCGGCCAGCCACAUUUUGUGCGCUGCAUCAAGCCCAACACUGACCGGCAGGCCGGCAAGUUUGAUCGGGAGAAAGUUCUGGUGCAACUGCGCUACACCGGAAUCCUGGAGACAGCCAAGAUACGUCGGCAGGGCUACUCCCACCGGAUCACCUUUGUCAACUUCAUCCAGAGGUACUACGUCUUGGCAUUCCGAGCCAGUGAAGAGCCACCUGCAACUCCAGAGACGUGCGCAGCCAUCUUGGAGAAAGCCAAACUAGAGAACUGGGUCCUGGGCAAAACAAAGGUGUUCCUGAAAUACUACCAUGUGGAGCAGCUGAACCUGAUGAUGCGUCUGACCACCGAGCACAUCGUGCUGGUGCAGGCCUGUGUGCGAGGCUGGCUGGGAGCCAAACGCUACAGGAAUGUUCUGAAGCAGAGGCAACAGAGUGCUGUGGUCCUGCAGUCAGCAUACAGAGGGCAAAAAGCCCGGAAACAGGUUGCUGAUGACAAAGGCAAAGCCAAAUAUGAAGCCAGCAUUAUUCAUUUGCAAGCAAUCUGCAGAGGGUAUCUUGCCAGAAAGAUGUGUAAGGAAUUACUGGAUGAGAAGAACAAAGCUGCUGCCAAAAUCCAAGCUCACUACAGGGGCCACAGGGAGAGGAAGAGCUUUAAAAAGAGGAAAGAAGCCAUGGAGCAGGAAAAGGCCCUGGAGGACAUGCAAGAGGAUAUCACGCCAACGCAGACCCCUGUCCUUACGGAAGACGAGGCCACCCCGACGCAGACCCCUGUCCCUACGGAAGAGGUGCUCACCCUCGCAGAUGAGGCCGGACGUCCAGGCCCGGCCUGUGGAACCGGACAGGCUGAGAGUGAAGCGACAAGAGAGGACGACGAAGCCAAGGCUGCCAUCGUCCUCCAGAGCAACUACAGGGGCCACAAAGAGAGGAAGAAGUACAGGGAGCGUAAGAAGACCCUGUCCGGGGAAGAGCUGGCCAUGCCCGCACCUCCACCCGUGGACGAUUAUGAGCCAGAGCUCGCUGCCAUGCAAGAGGAAGAGGAACAGCUUGAGCAAGUGGAACCAGCCGGGGAGAAUGAGUGUGCCGAGGGAGAAGCAGAUAUGGAACAGGAAGCCAAGGCCGCCACGGUCCUCCAGAGCAACUUCCGAGGGCACAAGGAACGCCAACGUCUGGAAAAGGAAGGGAAGAUUCCAAAGAAAGGGAAGGGAGGCUCGUGUAUCAGUGUGCCACCGUGUGUUGACGAGGAGUUUGACGAACCAUUUCCCGAGCCUCCUCCAGUGGAUGAGGACAUGGAGGCAGUAGAGGUGCUGGAGGCUAGUGAGAAGGUCACUACGGAGCAGGAAGACAUGAAGACGCAAGGAGACACAGCAGAGGUGCAAGGGGAGGCCGCUGGGUCCAGCGGGGAGGGGGAUGAGGAAAAGGCUGCUGUGGUUCUCCAGAGCAACUUCAGGGGCCACAAGGAGCGCAAAAAGCUGCAGGAGGAAGGGAAGAUCCCCAAGAGGAGGGAGGCAGCGUGUGAGCCUCCAGCUGAAAUGCCCGAGUCAGAGCUUGAGAUAGAACUGGAGGCAGAAGGUGGGCCUGAACCAAAGCAGGAGCCAGAUGGACAACAGCCUUGUUCAAGCCAGCCAGACAUGGAGGAAGAGAAAGCAGCCACUGUCCUCCAAAGCAAUUUCCGGGGUCACAGAGAGAGAAAGAAGCUCAAGGAGAAGAAGACAGAAACUCAAAAUGAAAAGGGAUGCGAAACAGAUAUGGUGGAGGAGAUGAGGACUACAGAAGUUAAUGAGAUGGUUGAAGCGGAGGUCCUGGAGGUCUCCGACAUCCACGUGGAGCACAGCACACACAUAUCGCAGGAGAGUGAGCUCUAUGAGGAAGAGCAGGCCGCUGUGAAGAUCCAGAGCAACUUCAGGGGCUACAAGGACAGGAAGAACCUAAAGGCUACUGGCCAGCGAGAGGCAGAGGAACUGGAGAACUUCUCCAAACAGAUCUCCCAGUCAUCACAGGAGUGCUUUACCGUGCAGAUGAAACUGAAUGAGAUCAUCCUUGCCCACCAGAUGGACCCCAGCAGCAAUGGCAUGUUCAUGAAGGGAAAAGCUGUCAAUGGCUUCGCUCAUCAACACUCAGUUGACACAAAGCAGACACGCACUCCUCGGCGAACACAGAAACCAAAGACGCUCAACACGCCGGAAGAUUCUACAUAUUACACCCUCAUUCAUAGAUCAGUCCAAGACGACAGGAGAAGGCCUAGGAAGCAAUGCGGAGGGAAGCUACCGGACAUGGAUGACCAGUAUUACCAGGGCCUGUCUCCAACCAAGUCCAAGGGCGCCCUGUCCAGCGAGUCCCAGCUGCCCGGCGGCAGACACACCUCUCUGGACCGGAGCAAACCCCCUGAGAGGCCUCUGUCUGAGCCCGCGCCCCCCACUCUGCCUAAACAGAAAAGGCCAUCCCUUCCAAGAAUGCCCUCGACAGAGAGUGAAAAAGAAGACAAUCCUUAUGACUUCAGGAAGCUACUGCGGAAGACCUCUCAAAGACGAAGACUCAUCAAGCAGUACUGAAUGUAUCACUUUGUGUGUGUGUGUGCAUGUGUGUGCGCAUGCGUGUGUGUGUGUGUGCUUGUGUGUGUGUGUGUGUGUGUGAGAGAGAGAGAGAGAGAGAGAGAGAGAGAGAGUGAAAGUGUGAUAGGCCUUCGGUGAACCUGGGUCAACCUCACUCCUCUCAGAUUGAUACAGUAAUUAUUUAUUUUUCAUCAUCUAUAUCACUGGCAUCAAGACAGAAUCACACCACAUUUCUCCUUGUUUAUAUGUAGAGUUUGUACAUGUGUCAAUAGUAUAAUGUGUGAAUAUAAUGCAACAAAACCAUUUUUCUCUGGGCUAGCUGAAAAUCUAUUCAUCGACGGAUCACUGUUAUUCCUCGGUGCCACAGCUUUGGGAAAAACAAGCACACACUGUACAAAUGGUUUGGUUAUUUUACUAAAUGCAACUCAUGCAAUCUGUCAUCUGUAUAGUCUUGCAGAAAAGUCCUGUAUAUAAACUAUACACAACACAUAUCAUUUUCAUCAUUUUCAAAAAUCCAUGCACAGGAUUAACUGAAGUCAUGGUAUCAGUUUAACUCUGAGAUGUGGAUCUAGGGAUGUACAUACUGAAAAAUCUGUUUUAUGUCGAUGAUCACUUCUUGUACAUCAACUUCUGAAUUAUUGCCAUUGCAGAAGACAAUGUGUAUUACCUCAGUGCUCUAGUGAUGACAGUUUUAGUCCACUUUGAACCAUCCAAAUAUUGACACAGUUAUAUCUACAUGUAACAUAAUUUGGUGUUUAUCUGUUUCUAACAGACACACUAACAUUUUAUAUUUGAUUGAAUUUUGCUGGUAAGACUUUAGAACACAUCUGGCUGAGUGGUUUAUUUUCCAAUGAAAUUCUCACUGUAAAUAACUGAUAAUGGACACCAACUGUGCUGUGUGUCAGUGAUGUUUUGAUGAUUGUUAAUGUUGUUGUGUUGUACAUACUGUUAUCAGCCCCAACAGGAAGCUGUGUGUAAUAUAACAUCAAAGUGUAACCUUAAACACAUUUUGUCUGGUUAACUAAUUCUUAUCGUAAGUAUAGAAUCGUGGCCACAACAUUCACAUUCCAUCACGUUUUUAGUUCUCUGGUGUUCAUUAUUUUUGACUUUUAAAAAUACAAUGUUUCUAAUUUAUUAGAACUCUUGUUCUGAUUUCUGCAUGUGUGUGUGUACUGUGUCUGCGUGUGCACACGUGUGUGUGAGGGGACAUAAAUAUGUCUUCCGACUGAUUUAUGCUCCAUGUAUUAAUAUCAUUAUUAUUAAAUGUCUAGUGCUUUAAAUUAAUGAUACCAUUCCCAAUAUGGCCCUGUUUAUGGGGAACAGACUAACUAACAUACCUUUAACUUCAGUUAAAAGAAACACUGGGUUUGCACACGCCAUACAUCAAGGUAUUACCUUACCAUCGCUUUCCUGAAACGUAAGCUUUUCUUAUGACAUUUUCACACCGAACACACCCAGAGGAGUGAGUAGCGGUCACUGACGCGAACAUUAUUGUUAGGGUCGUUUAUAAGUUUGAUGCGGACAUCCCGUAAACUGUCUGAGGUUGAUUGUGUGCGUUGUCUGCAUCAUUCUGAAGAAUAUCAAAAAGGUAUGCCACGAUUAUCCAUGGCGGGAUGGAGGCGAUGCGAAAUGUGUGGAUUAAUUUCGAACUUCCAUUGGCGUUUGUGAAGGGCGCGUGCGUAAUAGGCGUGUGCCCUCUAGUGCGCGUCUACUGGCAAUAAAUAAAUGCAUUUCUUCAUUUUGA